UGCCAAUAGGUUGAACGAAGAACACUAAUGUCUGGAAAUAUAUCAAUUGCUGCUUAUGUGAAAUUUUCACUUAUGGCCAUGGCCUCUAUGAUGUUAGGAUCACAACUAGUUCAUAACCGAUACAAGCCACUGGAUGAUUUAGAAGAUUAUGUUGAAAAAGAAAUAGAAAAACUUAAAGCUGCCAAGGAAUUAAAAGAAUAAUGGAUUUUUUGAUUAGUGGACAUUUUGUUAUCAUUAUUUACCUAUGUUAGAGAGAAUAAACUAAAAAUAUUUCUAAAAAAU